AUGCCUCCUCGUCGCCGUGGCGGGGCAUCUGCCCCCGAUGCUCAGCGGACGCUCUCCUUCGGCGCCCAGUCCCGCGUCAGCAAGCCUACGACAGCAGCCCAGAAAGCAAAGAACCUCGACUCCGUCAAGGCGACCUCUGCGAUCCCCGAGCUCCAGAAACUCCCCGAGGCUCCAGCCGAGCCGUCGCAGCCUCUUGUCACAGAGCUCGCGGUACGACAGCAGGCCGCCAAAGCGAUCCAGGAACCUCGAUCGGAAGAAGACAAGCGAGCUCUGAAGCUGCGCAAGCAGGACCUCCAGCGCUACUGGAAGAAAGAGGAGCAGAACAGAAAAGCGCCUCGAGUGCAUCAGCAGGGUCUCGACCUAGAUGAGCAGAUCCUCCGGCAUUUUGACCUUUCCAGCCAAUAUGGGCCCUGUAUUGGUAUCACCCGACUCAAGCGCUGGAGACGCGCGCAUAGGCUGAACCUCAGCCCGCCCAUCGAAGUCCUUGCCGUCCUUCUCAAAGACGAGGACCAUGUCAAGGAACGGGCGCAUAUGGAUGAGCUGCUGUCGUGA